AUGUCGUUUGAUAGGCUUAUCCGAUUCCUGGAUAAGGAAGGAAUCGAGAGAUAUGGUAAUGUUGAAGGCGAGAUUCCAGCCUCGGAACUGGAGGGCAAGACAGUGCAGCUCGUUUCCGGGAGCAUUGAAUCUGGGUUCAAGGUCUUGGACGAAAAGGCCGAGCUGGUCAAGCUACUGUGUCCAUUACCCAGCACGCCUAUUAUCAUCUGCGCGGGAGUCAACUAUAAGUCUCAUGCUAAGGAGACAAAGUUUCCGCCGCCUAAGAAACCUGUCAUCUUUGCUAUUACUCCCGAUCGUCUGGCUGGACUACUGGACGACUACGAGGGAGAGUUGAGCGUCGUGAUUAGCAAGGAUGGAUACGACAUCAGUGAGGACGACGCACUGGACUACGUGCUCGGCUACACAAUCAGCAACGACGUCUCGGCUCGCAACCUUCACGCCAUCGACUCCUUUGACGACUUUGGCCCGACGGGACCUUACCUGGUCUCGCCGAAGCUGGUGCCGGACCCGCAGGCUCUGGACCUGAAGACUACGGUCAACGGCGAGCUCAUCGCGUUUGCCUCUCGAGGCCGUACCUUGCGCCGUGGGACAGUGAUCAUGACGGGAACCCCGGAGGGCGUUGGAUGGCAUACGAAUGGGUGUCUCAAGGAUGGAGAUGUAGUUGAGGUCAGCAUUGGAGGGCUUGGUUUCAUUAGGAAUAAGAUGGUAUUCCAUAGAGGUGCUUGA